CUGACCGAUCGCUGCGGUACUUCAUAACCAAUCUUUGGUUAGUUUAAACAAAGUGUAAUAUUAUUUAUAAAAUGAGAUUAUUACACGAACUGAAUUUGUUGGGCUUUGGCCCUCGUGGAUUAGGGAAUCACUCCCACGAGCAUUGUAGGUCCGUACCUUAUGGCCACGGACCUUAUGGCCACGGACAUCAUGUCCAUGGACCUCAUGGCCACGGACCUCAUGGCCACGGACCUCACGGCCAUGGACCUCAUGGCCACGGACAUCAUGACCAUGGACCUCAUUUGGGCAGACCAUAUUGUCAUGGGCGACAUGGACACAAAAUUCAUGGCCACAGGUUCCAAUUUCACACGCCACAAGAGCAUGGUCCACGUCACCACGGACCCUAUGACCACAGGCCUCAUUGUCACAGAGCUCACGGGUCUGGACUUCAAGGAAUUCAUCGUAUCGGCUGCUCUCCAAGACGGUUAUUCAGAGACCCACAGGGAUGUACUACAAGAAAGGAUUGUGCAAAUGUGAUCGACUCAUCACGACGACCUCAUUCUGUUUGAUCUUUUAACAAUGACAUUAAAAUAGAAGUAUAAUAAUAUCAUAUCAUAUGAUAUCAUGAGAAUUUUAGAAAUCAAACAGAAACAUUAUGACACUUCAGUAAUUUAAUGCAAGGUUUUUACGUCGUACGGUUUCACUCUGAACUAUAAUAAUGAUGUUAAUAUAUUUAAUAAUUUCAUUUUUAUUAGUAUAUGAAUAUAUUUCAUAUGGUUUGAAUGAAUGCGGGUAUAUUAUAUAUAUAUAUAAUAUUUGAUUAAAUAAACUACAAGAUCAUAUCUGAAGAAAUCAUUAUAAGGAGAACAUAAAAAAAAUAAAAAUGCUAUUAUUAUUAUAAAGUGCUUUGAAUUUUAUCAGUGACUUAACACUUGUCAACUGAUGGAAGAUAAUCAGAUGACUGUUAUUGUAUUAAAUAAUUUUUUUACAACA